UUCUUUCUUUUGUCAGAAAGCUCUGGAGUGUAAUGAAACAAUAUGGGACGUAACAAAUGGAUGAGAAAGCGGGGAAGUGGUGUUAGACCAGGGUUGGGGAAGAUGAUGAGAUGCCUUUGUUCUGGAGAGCAGUUAAGAGCAGAUGACAUGGUCCCCUCAUCGGACUCCCUGGCCACCAGGGACUAUUCGGCCAGUUUGUAUUCAUCUCGAACUGGUGAGACUGAGCAGAGGCCAGAUACUAGCAAUAUUGAAGAGGCUGAAUCAUCUCUCCGUGAAAGUAGUUGUCUAAACUAUGAGGAGGCUAGAGCAUUGUUAGGAAAGCUUGAGUAUCAAAAAGGAAACAUAGAAGCUGCUCUUCAUGUGUUUGAGGGAAUAGACGUUGCUGCUGUUACUCCCAAGAUGAAACUCUCAAUUGCUCGAAGAGUUGAAAACCACAGACGCCGUUCCAACAAUGAUGUUACCCCUCCCAUGUCUAUGCAUGCUGUCAGUUUGCUUUCUGAAGCAAUCUUUCUGAAAUCAAAAUCAUUGCAAGUCCUUGGGAAAUUUGGAGAAGCUGCUCAAUCAUGCAAAGUUAUUCUGGACACUAUUGAAUCUGCAUUACCGGAAGGCUUACCUGAAAACUUUGGUACUGAUUGUAAAUUACUGGAGACUCUAAACAAGGCAGUCGAGUUGCUUCCGGAGUUAUGGAAGCUUGCUGGUUUUCCUCAUGAAGCAAUUUUGUCAUACCGGCGUGCCCUCCUUUACCAUUGGAAUCUUGGUGUGGAGACCACUGCAAGGAUACAGAAAGAGUUCGCCAUUUUUCUUCUCUAUAGUGGUUGUGAUGCAAGCCCCCCAAACCUCCGUUCCCAAAUAGAAGGCUCUUUUGUACCUAGAAAUAAUAUAGAAGAGGCUGUUCUUCUGUUGAUGAUUUUGUUAAGAAAAUUUGCUCUCAAAAGGAUUGAAUGGGAUCCAUCUAUCAUGGAUCACCUUUCAUUUGCUCUAUCGGUGUCAGGGGAAUUGAGAACCUUGGCCUAUCAAUUUGAAGAAUUACUUCCUGGGAUUUUGGAUAGAAAUGAUAGAUAUUACAUCCUAGCUCUCUGUUACCAUGGGGUAGGAGAAGACAUGGUUGCUCUGAAUUUGUUGAGGAAGCUGCUAAGUAGCAGAGAGAAUCCAAAUAGCCUGCCAGGUUUAAUACUGGCUUCCAAGAUUUGUGGAGGGAGCCCUAACUGUGCAGAAGAAGGGGUGGGGUUUGCUUGCAGAGCACUUGGUCUAUUGCAGUGUGGAUGUGAUACGAUGGGAAGUGUUGCUAACUGCUUACUUGGUAUUUCACUCUCAGCUGAGGCCAGAUCAGGUUUUUCAGACUCUGAGAGGACAAUGAAAGAGUCUGAGGCACUUAAGGCAUUAGAAACUGCUGAGAGAACAAUGAGAGAAAGAGAUCCUAAAGUUUUAUUUCAUCUCAGCCUUGAAAAUGCUGAGCAGAGGAGGUUGAAUGUUGCCCUUUACUAUGCAAAGCAAUUACUGGAAUUGGAAGCUGAUUCUAACGUGAAAGGGUGGCUCUUAUUGGCUCGAAUAUUAUCUUCUCAGCAGAGAUAUAAGGAUGCCGAGACAGUCAUCAAUACUGCUCUGGAUCAGACCGGGAAGUGGGAUCAGGGAGAGUUGUUGCGGACUAAAGCUAAACUCCAGAUUGCACAGGGUCAGUUGAGGAAUGCUGUUGAGACAUUUACUCAUCUACUUGCUGUUCUUCAAGUUCAGAGUAAAAAUUUUGUAGCUGGGAAGAAGCUUCAAAAGGACAGUGGAAAGCAUGAUAGAAGUUUAGAAAUAGAGACGUGGCAUGAUCUGGCUAAUGUAUACAUGAGCUUGUCACUGUGGCGAGAUGCUGAAGUCUGUCUCUCUAAAUCCAAGGUCAUUAGUCCUUAUUCUGCUUCUCGUUGUCAUGCCACAGGUUUACUCAAUGAAGCAAAAGGCCUCCACAAAGAAGCUCUAAAAGCAUUCACAAGUGCACUAGAUAUUGAACCCACCCAUGUCCCAAGCUUGGUCUCUACGGCUACUGUUCUUAGACAGCUUGGUGACAAGUCAUUGGCUGUAGUUAGAAGCUUCCUAAUAGAUGCCUUGCGGCUGGAUCGAACAAACGCCUCUGCUUGGUACAACCUUGGGCUUCUGUACAAAGCUGAGGGUGGUGCAUCAGCACAAGAAGCUGCUGAAUGUUUUCAGACUGCGGCUUUUCUUGAAGACUCUGCACCAGUUGAACCAUUCAGAUAAUCAGCAUCACAUGCACAGCUAAAUUCUGUAAGCAUUCAAUGUAUACUCGUAGUUCUUUCUCUUUUGUUUUUGUGUCCCUCCAGAAAUGUUUCUACACGUUUCA